AUGCAUGAAGCGCUGACUAAGGCGGCUCUCGAUUAUCAGCCUACUGCCGAACUCUCGCAUCUCUGCAGUAUUCUACCUGUGCAUGUGUAUACUACUACCACUGGCGCGAACAGCAAUAUACUCACAUCCAUGCCCCUCCGCGUCACGUCUGCCACCGUCUCUGGAAUCAAAAAGAACAAAAGCAGCAGCACCCGCGCCUCACCAUUCGCAAGCCAUGCACGCACCAAACUAUCCGCACGCAGAGAUGGCCAGGCCACGAGCAGCAGCCUCGAUAAAGAAUUCCUGAACGACGAUUUGACCGAGCCGCUGUCCGAUAAAGGACCCUGGCGGGAAACCAACAAUGUCGAGGGCGUGUUGCAGGCAAUGCGCCAUAUCACCAAAUCCAUGUUCGAUGAGCUUCCCGCAGCGCGCACAGGCAUGAACAGUACACGGAUCGCCGAGGUUUUGAAUCUGCGCCGGUCGCUGCCACCUUUGGUCUCUGUCGCGCAUAUCCAUACGGUUUUGGAUGCGCCGACGCAGGUGGAGCGUGAGAUUAUGUCGUUGUUGCGCUCGGGACAGCUGAGGCGUCUGAUUGUGCCGGGACGAGGCAACGAUGCUGCGGGCUUGGGCGAUUGCCUUAUUUUGGCAGAUGAUUUGAAUGCGCUUGUGCGGGAUAGCGGGGAUAUUGAACAGGGUUUAAAGGACCGCUUUACACAUGUCCUCGACCAAUUGGCCAAUACAUCUGCGAUACCGGCAAUGGCAUUCUCGCCAGACGAGUCUAUGGCCCUGGUCCGCGCAGGCUUUCUCGUAACUGCAUCAUCGCUUUCCAAGGGCUCGCUGAGUGUAGCCUCGCUCCCCGGGUUGCCGCCAGCAGUGUUAGGAGGCGGCCAGGGCGCAGAUGAGACGAAAAAGGCCAGCCAACCACGCGGGGCACCCACUUUUUUCCUCUCGCUUCCCAACACCGGACCAUAUCUUCGCCUGUUGAACGCUGGCCGCUCGCAUCUGUUGACGCUUCUCAAACAGUCCAAAUACCACGAAGCUCCCCUGCCCCUCCUGCGAGAUCGCUGGGACGGCGCGGUCGAGACGAAUCGAAGUUUCUCGCUGGCGAAACGAACUCGGGGCGAGUUUAGCGGGGUGCUUCCGGGGCGGACGAAGAAAUGGAAGCAAUUCUUUGGGAUGGAUUUUCAGUGGAUUCUGGAGCAUGCUCUCGGCGCUGGUCUGGUUGAGCUUUUUGAUACCGGAAGUGUGGGGGCGGCAGUCCGAUGUUUAUAA